ACCAAUGGCAAUUUUCAACACACAGGGAGAAGAAGGAUGUGUGCAAAUCAUUGUUCAACCAGCAGGAAAGGAGCAAAUGAAUCCAUUUGGUGAUGCUCUAUAUGGAGCUGGGACUGAUUUGAUCAAAACCGAAUUGGGUGCCUACGGGGAGAAGCUCUUUAGAUCAGGCUCAGCCUAUGUACCGGGCAAUAUCAGCAGAUACUUCUCCAAUCCCCAGUAUUACUUUCAAGUGAGUGAUCAGUAUGUGAUGAACAAAUUGAAGUUAAUUCUGUUCCCAUUCCUGCAUAAGGGACACUGGAUGAGAGCAACAGAAACAGUAGGGGGUGAAUUCUCUUACAAGCCUCCAAUUCAUGACAUAAAUGCACCUGAUCUGUACAUCCCAUUGAUGGCAUUUGGCACUUAUGUGGUUCUAGCGGGCUUCUUUCUAGGCAUCAAUGGAAAAUUUAGUCCUGAAGCUGUAGGCCUGCAAGCUACGAAUGGACUGCUUUGCUGGUUAUUCCAAGUCCUUCUACUCGAAGCAACACUGCACACACUUGGAGACGGAGACGUGCCAUUGCUCGACAUCAUUGCUUAUGGAGGGUACACUUUUGCUGUAGUUUCGGUUGUUCUACUCUGCAGGAUCCUAUGGAGUCACUGCUUCUAUGUAGUUACAUUGUGGGAAUGUUUCUGUAUGGGAAUGCUGCUUGUGAAGAUCAUGAAGAGAAUUCUGAUUGCGGAGGUGAGAAGGUCUGAGAACCAUUCAAGCAAACGCCAUUAUCUUCUACUUCUAGUAGCUGUUGCUCAGGUCCCAUUGCUCUUUUGGCUUGGAAAUAUUGCUGUGUGAGUUCUAACAAGUAACAACCUGAUU